CCCCACCAAUAGGUGCGCGGCGGGCUUUCUUCCCGGUUUCUGAUUGGUUUCUGGCCCGGAGGCCGAGUUCCGAGCCGGGCAGGAACUUGCUGUGUCUGAGUCUGAGACUGGCCUCCCGGAGCGGCCCGGCGGUCAGCGGGAGGGUCCGGGAGGUAGCGAGUGCUGAGCGGGAAGGACCGGGGAGGGUGUAGACCACAGGCGCUCAACCUGUGCCGGGUGGAGUCUUCUCUCGCUGGUGGGCAAGGAGGAUGCUCUUCUGCAGCCGCUGGCCGACUCGAUGCUCAAGGAGGACUGCGCCUCCACGCUGCGGGUUUUCUUGUUUUCCAGCCACUUGGCACAUUCCCUCCCUCUGCCCUCCGAUGUGAAUCGCCCCCGAAUUGACCUGAUUGUGUUCGUGGUCAACCUUCACAGCAAAUACAGCCUGCAGAACGUGGAGGAGUCCCUGCGCCACGUGGACGCCACCUUCUUCCUGGGGAAGGUGGGCUUCCUGGUCACCGGCGCCGGGCGGGACAGCCACUGCAGCGUCCACCGGAACAGCGUGCUGAAGCUGGCCCGAGCCUACCGGAGCCCCCUGCUCUUCUGUGACCUGGAGGUGGAAGGCUUUCGAGUCACCAUGGCGCAGCGCCUGGUCCGCAUGCUGCAGAUCUGUGCUGGCCACGUGCCCGGCGUCUCGGCCCUGAACCUGCUGUCCCUGAUGAGGAGCUCAGAGAACCCCUGCCUGGAGGACCUGUGAGGGCCUGGGCCAGGGGUCGCUUCCCCACAGGACCCUAACUCUGUGCGCCCGCAGGAGGGCUGGGGGGAGCCCCACGGGCGGAGCAGCCACGCCCACGCCCUCUCCAGCGGAGCCUGUCUCUUCCCCUCGGACGCGGUCCAUUUCCACUCGAGACUUCAUUUGAACAAAGAGUCUGUGACCAAAAA